AUGUACUACAGUGUUGAGAGAUCAUCUGAAGUUCUUGUACUGAAAUUCUGGCAAGUAUCAAGAAAUCUUGAAGAAACUGGGCAUGUUCCAAUGGACACAAAGGACUCGUUGUGUUCUCAGGUUACACCCAAUAGGCAAGAAAGAAGUGAUUCUUCUAGUUCAACUGCUGCGGGAAUGAAGGAUGAAGGGAAAAUUGAUAUGAGCAGUAUAAUUCCCUGGUGCAGUUACUCGAGUACGACCAAGAGUAAUAUGAGCAAGCCUCCGAGUUCAUGUUCUUGUUUGGCUAGAAAACCUUCACCGGUCACUGGCAGUGCUCGGAAGUCCAAGAUUUCUGCUCUUCCUGAAGGGCUAUCUGUUUCUAGCAGUAGUUCAUUUUCUGCCAGGAAUACUGCUGAAGUUCAUCAUUUUGAAACCAAGAAGGAUUCAUCCUUCUGGAUUCAGCAGAAAGUGUCACCUGGACUGGGGAACCUCAAAAUAAGAUUUACAUUUGAUCAUGUUGCAUGUGAAACAGUAGACCAGGAAACACUUUUCAGGAUUAUUGGUGUGGCAAUGGUGGAGAAUUCCUUAUCUGGAUACAAUUGUUGUAUGCUGCUUGCUUAUGGGCAGGCAGGAAGUGGAAAAACAUACACAAUGCUUGGUGAAAUUGAACAACAAUGUAGUAAACCUAGCUUAAAUUGUGGUAUGGUAUCCCGCAUAUUUGACUUCCUGUUCAGAAGAAUCAGAUCUGAAGAGGAAAGCCGUAUGGAUCAGAAGUUAAAAUUUAACUGUAAAUGUCCACUGUUGGAGAUCUAUAAUGAACAAAUUAUUGAUCUGCUGGACACUUCACCAACUAGCCUGCUGGUAUUUUCAGAUACUAAGAAAGGUGUAUACGUUGAAAAUCUUUCUGAACUAAGAGUCCAAGCUGUUGGUGAUAUUCUUGAACUUCUGAGACAGGGUUCUUUAAAUAAGAAAGUUGCAGCUACCAAUACAAACAAAGACAGGAGCCUAUCACCUACCAUUCUUACCGGUGAAAUUCAGAGUAUGUGGGAAAAAGAUAGCAGCUGUUACUUCCAUUUUGUCAGGCUAAACCUUAUUGAUCUUGCAGGUUUGGAGAGGCAGCAAAAAGCUUUUUGCAUUGAAGCUGAGCCUCUAAAGGAGGCUUGUAUAAAUGAAUCCUUGUUUGCUCUCAGUCAUGUAAUAAAGGCUCUUGUGAAUGUGGCGAAUGGGAGACCAAGGCAUCUGCCAUAUAGAGAUUCAAGACUCACAUUUCUACUAAAGUUCAACAAUAAAGUAUGGGUUGCUGAUUGGCUGGAUGAAGAGCUUGUUACAGAAUAUCAGAUUGGAGGUGAUUGUCAUUCCAAGACAAAUGAGAUAUUAAGGGAGGAGGGAAAGUACAGUGCUGUAGUGGCAAAGAGUUCUUUACGUGAAGAAGUUGGAUCAGAUGAUGGAGCAUUUGGAUCAAGUUGCAGAUCAACUACAAACUUCCAUAAGGUAAUAGCUUUUCUACCUUGCUCAAGUUCAUGCCGAGGAAGACACAAAGCAUCUUGCCUGGUUUCAAAAUCAGAAAAGGACCAACACACAGUGAAAGAUGCUGAUAUAAGGACAAGUGAACUGAUGAAAGCCAAUGACAUCUUGACAGUUGAGGUUGAAGAGCUCAAGAAAAAGGAAUUUUUGUUGCUGGCCUCUUUAGCUGCUUCAGCAAAUGAAUUUCAAGCUGAAAAACGACUCUCUUAA